UAGGAGCUGGAAGCACCCUGGGAUCCUUUUGCUGGUGCCUACAGUCAGCUCUGCCUCUCAAGUGGGGAGAAACAUGACUGCAGGUUCUCCCUAAUUCUUCUGCUGGCCAUCCCCACCUUCUCCCACUUACGUGCUCCCUCCCCAAACACACGCUCACCUAUCAUGGCUAUGCCCUACCCUUUCACCAGCCUCCUCCUCCUCCUCCUCCUUGUUGUGCCCCUUUCCCAGGCUGCAAAACAGUCCCCACUGCCCCUUGGCUCCCUGCCUGCUGUCCCUACCCUGCCCCUCCUGCAGGCCCUGCAAAUGCGGGCUCCAGGCAGCCCAGGCUGGCAAGUGGGGCCAGCAAGUGGGCAGCCCCUGCGCUACAUGCUGAAUCUGUACCGGCGUGCUGCUGACCGCGAAGGCCGACCUCGCCGCAGCCGCAGCUUGGGCACCAACACCGUCCGCCUGGUCCAGGCCAGUUCCCGUGGGGGUCAGACCUGGGCAGGUCGCUGGUACUUGCAGGCCCUCACCUACCAUCUGGAGGGCCAGACAGAGGCCGAGCACCUCCUCAGAGCCACUGUGGUCUACCUGCCCAGUCUGUCACUGGCCCAUGGUCGUCUCCUCUGUGCUCUGGAGCUGGUGGUGGCUGGUGAGGCGUCCAGGGUGCUGCUCAGCCCUACUGCUCGUCCUCGUCAUGGCUGGGCCGAAGUUGACAUCACCCCUUACUUGGCACUGGGGAACAGCAGCGUGGGGAGCCUGGCACUGCGGCAUGUCUGUGUGCGUGCUGGCCGAGCAGGAGGCCAUGACGCCCCGGUGGCCCCUGGCCACCCUUUCCUCCUUCUCUACCUUAACGAUACCCAGGCAGGGUUGGCACCUCCGGCAGCAGAGCCCCACCGACACCGACGUGAUACAGGGACGUUGGCUCAUGACCUGCCCAACUACCUGCGGGAGCAGGGAGGGGAGAAGAGUGACUGUUCCCUCCACUCCUUCCCUGUCAGUUUUGCACAGCUGGGCUGGGACCACUGGAUCAUUGCUCCUCACCGCUACAACCCGCGCUACUGCAAAGGCACCUGUCCCCACCUGCUUCGCUAUGACUACCAUGCACCCAACCAUGCUGUGGUGCAGAGCUUUGUUCAUCAGCUUGUGGAUGGCAAUGUGCCCCGGCCCUCCUGUGUGCCUUACCGCUACAGCCCCAUCAGCGUCCUCAUGAUUGAGCGCAAUGGAGCCAUACUGUACAAGGAGUACGAGAAUAUGAUUGCGGAGUCCUGCACUUGCCGGUAA